UCUACUAAAAAGAAACAGUCGAAAAGUGAAUGUGAGCAACUGUGGAACGUUAGAUUGUUCCGAAAAGCAGACGGAAAAAGAAGUUGAGAUUUAUAAACCCAUUUCAGAAGAUACGGGUAAAUUGAAAGAUCAGAACAAUAAAUUAUCAAGUAGCAAUAAAGACGAAGAGCGUUCAACAUCGCCUAUUGAUAAUAUAGUCGCUAUAAAAGAGGAAACCCCUGCAGUAGAUAACAAAAUGGUGCAGGAAGAAAACAAUGUUAAUGAUGGUGCCGAUGAGCAAAUGUUGGGUGCCGAAGACGAAAAGUUGGCUGACAAGCGUGAGGAAGUGAAGUUCAUUAAGGGUGAUCAACAAAAUGGAGAUGCUAAGAUUGAUAUUGGCGCUGUCAAUGGAAAAGCUUUUACCGGUAUGUCUAAGGAGGAGCUAAUGAAAUACGCCAAUGAUCCCUUCUGGGUACGUUUGCGUUGGAUAUUCUUUAUAUCCUUCUGGUUGGUUUGGUUGGGAAUGCUGGUUGGUGCAGUUCUUAUUAUAGUUGAUGCACCAAAAUGCGCAGCUCCUGAACCAUUGCCUUGGUACAAAAGUGGAAUUUUAGCCAAAUUCCCCAGUUUCGAGGUGAGCGAUGAGAACGUUGCUACAGCUACUCAAAUGAAAGCUAGCGGCGUAAUUUAUGAAUUACCAGCAGAACUCACUUACAAUAUACGCGAACCAGAAGUGGAGGAAAAAAUCAAGAAUAUCGUCAAUCAUUAUAAAGAUUCCAAUACCCAUGUUAUUCUGGAUAUUACAGCCAAUUACGUACCCAAAUCAUCUAAACUAUUUAAACAGGCAUUGGACGAUGAAACUAAACGUUCGGCAUUCGUUUGGACUGAAAAGGUUGAAGUACCAAACAAUUGGUUGUCUUUGGUGAAUGGUUCUGCUUGGGCUGAGGUAAUGUCCGGCAAUUAUGUGCUCUCGCAAUUCGGAGAUGGUCUAUACGACUUGCAUAUGAAUGACAGUAUCGUGAAACAGGAAUUAAGUGACGUGCUCCAACAUGCCAUUGCGUUGGGAGUUCAAGGCAUACGUUUGAAGAACACAAAGUUCUUCAUAUUAUCUAAAAACUUUAAGGAUGAAAUGCCAGCUGAAACUACUGUCUACGAUUUAACACAAUAUGGUUUUUGGACUCACAGUCAAACGACAUUCCAAGAAGGUUUGGGAGAUAUUCUCUAUGAAUAUCGUGUUGUGGUUAAAAAUAGUUCUGCUGAAGCUUUCCUUUCGGUUGCUGAUGAUAUCAUACGUCCUCAAAUCUAUAAGACCAGCACAGGAGAGUUCGGUGUCGAUAUUCCCAUGUAUGGACAGUUUGUGAAGAAUUUAGCUUCUCCCAAAGACAAGAAAUUACGCAGUGAACUGACGGGUAUUAUGCAAGAUGUAAAUACCAAUUGGGUACAAUGGAAUGUUGCCAAUUUGGGUGAUGAUACGUCUGUCACUCCAUUUACCAUAUUUUUGUUCUUGUCGUUAUUGCCCGGUACACCUGUGCUUCCCGGUGGCACCGAAGUAUAUGGUAACAUUACGAACAAAGUUUACGAGCAAUUUGAACAAUUGCGUUUAUCGCCUUCAUACAUGCACGGCGACUUUGAUAUGUUACCUGUUGAUCCUUUAGUUGCUUACACCAGAAUAAAGUCCGGUAAUCCUGGUUAUUUAGUGGUUUUUAAUCCCACGGAACUUAAUCAAUCUCUUAACUUGGGCAAUGGAAGUUUCCCAGGAACAAUGAAUGUGAAAUUUGUCAGCAACAAUUUCAAUGGAACUAAAACUGGUCAGAUUCUAGUUUCUGACUUGGAAGUUACUCCAUUGUCAACAAUCGUGUUGUCAUACGUCCCAGUCAAGUCAGAUUAAAAGGACAUAUAAUCGUUUAUGAACUCAAUAAUGAUAAUUUAUUAAAGAAUGAGUUACAUAAAAGCAUUGCUUAACUAAAGAACACGAAAAAAAUUAAAAAUAUUAAAAAGAAGUUACAUUAUACUCCCGCAUUUUUGCUUUAAAUAAAUAAAUAAAUUGUUCUUAAAAUUUCAUUGCAAAUAUAAAA